ACGGAACGCGCUUUGACGAAUGGCCUAGUAACCUCACUGACGAAUAAAAAAACGAAAAAGGUAAUUCUGCUGAGUCAGUCACUCUUGUUGUGGAACAAAAGUUGCGUCUGUAAAUGGUGUUUAUUGGUUUAUUCUGGUCUAAAUUAAAAUGAUUCGUAAAUGGCAAAAACGUGGAUUUUUCACCAAUUUCUACCAAAAUGCAGUUACUUCAAAUAGACGGCAACACAUAGAAGCAAAAACAGCCAGCAACAUCAACGCAGCAAAAACAAAACCAUUUUCUGACAUUCCCGAGCCAAAAGGUCUUUUUGGGACGUUCUUGGAUUACACUGCGUUACGCGGCUUCAAAACUGAAGAGCUGUAUUCACAUUACCAGAAGCGACACAAAAAAUAUGGACCAAUCUUUAAAGAAAAUGUCCUACCAGGGCUGACAAGCUAUGAUGUAUUCUGUUCAUCUGCUGAGGCCAACAAAGCAAUGUUUAGACUUGAGGAUAAAUAUUCCAACCGUGGACCUUUAGAUUUUAUUCAGAUCGCUAGAGAAAAUGCAGGAGUGAGUUCUGGUUUGUUGGAUCCAAGCUGGGAAGAGUGGUUUAAGUUCCGAAAAGUGGCGAACAGGUAUUUGCUGUCGAAUGCAUCAGUGUGGUCUUACUCAAGUGCUUUACAUGAAGUUUGUGAUGAUUUUGUGGAUUAUAUCGCUGAUAACUUGGAUGAAAAUAAUGAGUUUCCAAAUUUUGCUCUCGCUUUAAACAAAUGGGCACUGGAGGGGGCUGGAGUGUUUUGUUUGGACACAAGAUUCGGUAAUUUUUCUGGUCAAUUGGACGAUAACUUAAAAGUAAUCAUGGAUCAAGUGAUUGAAAGCUUUACUUUAAUGACGGAUCUAUUUCUAAAACCACCGUUGUACAAAUACAUCACCACAAGAAAAAUGAAGGCUCUCACCUCAGUUGUAAAGAAACAAAGUGAAGCAAUACAGAAACAGAGAGUGAAAAUAAUGAACCAAAUGAAGGAGAAGACUCCAGGAUCAAAGACAAAGUUAAAAACUGUGCUUGAAAACAGCGACCUUAAUGAAGAAGAGAUUGCUUCACUUGUGUCAGAUAUGCUUGGUGGAGGGGUGGACACCACUUCAAAUGCAGCAGCUUUCAUGCUUUAUAUCAUGGCUGUCAAUCCUGACAAGCAGGAAAUAUUAAGGGAAGAAAUUAAAACUGCUCUACAAUCUGGGAAAGUGGAUGGCAGGUCCGUACAAACAAUGAAAUAUCUCCACGCUUGUGUGCAAGAAACUCAGCGCCUCUUCCCAUUUUCGUUCGGAGUAGCCAGAAUGUUUGAAAAGGAUAUAGAAGUAUGUGGAUACAAUGUACCAGCAGGCACCCGCAUACUACUGACAGGGAAUGUAGUAAAUAAUAAAGAUGCAAAAUAUUUUAAAGACCCCGAAACUUUCUUACCUGAAAGGUGGCUUGAAAGAAGAAAUUCUGAAUCAAAGUUUGCUACGACUGGUGCCUUUGGCAGAGGUGUUCGAGCUUGUCCAGGUCGUAAAUUUGCGAUGCAGGAAGUUCAUUAUCUUCUCAUCAGUUUACUCAGUCGAUAUAAAGUGGAAUAUCAUCACAAACCAAUUAAACCACAUUUCAGAUUGCUAACUGUGCCAUCUGAAAAACCUCAGUUCACUUUUAUUCCCCUAUCAUAAAAACUAUCCACCCUUUGAUCUUAUUUAAAUUAGAGACUUUGGAAUAAAUUUUAAAUGAGAAUGCAUAUUUUACAAAACAAUGGUAUUGUUGGUCUUUUCUUUUAAAUUCAAAAGAUGCUUUUUAAAUAAUGGACUGUCAAUGCCAUUUAGGCGAAAUAUAUAUCUCUUACAUCAUACAAUUUGCUGGACUUGAUUUUUUUCCGUUAGGUAUUAUCCUGACCCCUAUAUACUGGUCUGAACUUUGUAACAUUUUGGGUCUUAUUUAUCCUCACAUGCUGGGACAACUUGAUGAAAAUAUUUAAUAAAAUGUUGUUUUUUCCCUUUAUGUAUUGUUACAUUAAUUUAAUCUUCUUCAACGUAAGAUAUUUUAUACAUUUUACAGUGAGUUUUAUUCAAUGCAAAGUUGUUAUACCUUUAAUCAAUGCAAAAAUUGCUAUACCUUUAAUCAAUGCAAAUUGCUGUACCUUUUAAUCAAUGCAAAAAUUGCUAUACAUGUUUUGCCUUGUAUAAAUGUGAAUGUAAAAUCACAAAAAAUUAAUCAAUGCAAAAAUCGUUAGAUGUAACAUUUUUAUUGAUUUUGUAUAGAACAACUUAGCUUUUACCAUGUAUCAAUAAUAUGUGUUUUUCAAUACCUUUAUUCUGUUAAUGUUGUAAUUACCUCUGCAGAAGUACCUUUUUACUAAUAUUUGUAUUUUUACACCAAACUACCUAUAGAUUUUUACCGGUAUAAAGUUAAUCUUUUAAACUUUAUGUUCAAAUCAGGUUGCCAACAUUAUUGCAUAUUUUUUUACUACUAUACAAGUUUUGAAGUGUUUUUUUUUUAAUAUUCUUGGUUUUUAUUUAGCAGCCUAUCUGGUGUAAAAAACUUAGUGAAUAAGCGUUUUUUUGUAGUGUAUAAAAGGCGUUGUGUAUUUUUUAUACCAGAUGAGCCCCCAAACAUUUUUUACAUUAUGCCUGGUAGCGGAAAUACCAGAGUUUUCUUCAUUUUUUUCAGAUGCAUACAUACUCUUAUAUUUGUAUUUUCAUUGUUUACUACCAACUAACCAUAUUUGUAUAUACCUGUUGAUUGUUGUUAAAAUAAAAUCUCAAUUUAUGACCACCAACAAAGUAACAUACAUGGCUACUUGUAAGCUGACAUAGGGUGUAUGAAAUAGAACACCCAUGUCAUGACUACUGUCUCUUUUCGCCACCAAGAACAAAGCAAGUUACAUUCAUUUGUUUGUUCUUUAUCUAG